AUGGGCCUUGAUGACCAGAAACGUAACGCAAGGCGGCCUAACGAGCCUGACACAAAGAUCAUUAAAAAGACAGGCAAUGUGACAGGCAAUACAGUGGAUGGUAUUACCACUGGAAUACGAAAUAAGGUUGGAAAUGCGUUCGUGGGAGAGUCUGGGAGUAUCGCUGCGAACAAGCGCGUUAGCAAUGGUAACACUGGCAUCGUGGUCAGGAAAGACCAAACGGGGAUGAAGCGAAUGGAGUACACUGGAAAUAUCACCGGCGACCAUGUCAAGGGGUCGUCGACUGGUAUCACCGAUGAAGAGUAG